UUCAGGCCGCUGUGAGAACGGGUGUCAGUCAGGGUGGAUGGGAGAAGACUGCAGACAAAAAUGUCCGUCAAGGACGUUUGAAGUGUUAACUGUUCCUCCACGUGUGGACAUUGUGUGGACGAUGAACCUUUGUCACCAUGUCCACUGGAACCUGUCUCAAGGGCUGCAGUCCAGGCUGGGUCAGCGACACCUGUCAACAAGCCAAUAGACAAUCUCCAUCGCUAUCCCUCCGGAAAUGGUGCGGUCGUUGGUGGCGCGGUUGGUGGAGUUGUUGCUGUAGCUGUGAUUGUUGUCAGUAUUGUAGCAGUUUUCUUUACAGGAGGAAAAGAAAUUCCAACAAGAAGAGAAGUGAUACUUCUGUGUAUGAGGACGUGUCUGCCUUUGAACCCACACAAGAACAAGAGCUGCAAGAAGCAGCACCCAGCGUGAAUGCUGGUUAUGAGGAGGAGGCGGUGCGUGAUGCUGAUGGAUCUGGGAAGAACACAGCUG